AUGGAGAAACUAUCGGAAGACGUUUUAAACAACAUAUUCAUCCGAUUACCCGCGAAACAGCUUGUUCAGAUGAGACGUGUUUGUAAACCCUGGAACGCUUUCUUAUCGGAAUCCUAUUUCAUCAAAUCCCAUCUCAAUCAUUCCAUCCGCAACAAACAUAAUAAUGAAAUUGUCCUGGUCUUGAACCCUACAUUAUCUCGUUACCGGCGCCUUAUCCCUGGUUCAGAACAUGCUUUAACCUGCACAGCGUAUGACCUCUCCCAAUCUCCCAUAAUCGAACUCAAUGAUUUUGUUAAGUUACCCCGUAAUUUCCCACAACCUGAGUAUGGCAGCGGCCAUGGUAUAGGUUCCGUUAAUGGCUUGAUAUGUUUUCAUAUUGGACAUAGUGAUCGUUAUGUUCAAGGAAUAUACAUAUGGAACCCUUCUUUAUCCGUUGUAACUUACGCCCCUCAGGGCCGUAACUUACGCCCCCUCCCUUGA